AUGCCUAUGGACAAUGACAAGACCAUCAGCAAGAAAGAUGAAGCCAAUAACAAGGAAGAAAACAAAUAUGACCAAGAGAAUCUUAAAGAGAAAGAUGAGCAGCUACAAGCUUUAAGAAAAGUGAAGCAAGAGCUCAUCAACAAAAAAAGAAGCUGGCAUGAGAAGGAAACCAUUAUGCUCACUGAAGAGUGUAGUGCAAUAAUUCAAAGGGCUAUUCCACCAAAGCUUAAAGAUCUAGGGAGUUUUGUAGUUUCAUGCACCAUAGGCAAGAUGACAUUAGAGAAAGCUCUCUGUGAUCUAGGUGCUAGCAUCAACUUGAUGCCCCUCUCAAUGAUGAGAAAGCUUGCCAUAGAAGAAAUCAAACCUACCAGGAUGUCACUUGUAAUGGCAGAUAGAUCAAUCAAGACACCCAAUGGAAUUAUGAAAAAUCUAUUAGUGAAGGUUAGAGAGUUUAUCUUCCUUGUAGACUUUGUGAUCUUGGACACAGAAGAGGAGGGAAAUAACUCAAUUAUCCUGGAAAGGCCAUUCCUAGCCACAGUAAGAGCUAUUAUUGAUGUAGAAAAGGGAGAAAUGAUCUUCAGGGUGCACAAUGAGCAAAUGGUUAUCAAUGUUUUCAAAUCAAUGCAACGUCCCCCUGAGAAAGAGAACUACAUGAUAGUGGAUAUGAUAGAAGGUUUGGUAGAAGAAUGA